GACCUGACGGCGAGACCCCGCCCCAUCCCCGACUGCCUGAACCGCGCCAGGACACGGAGCGCAAGUCUAGCGUACCCACAGACGACUCAAGCGGGAGACGAGCGGUGUCAUGGCCGCCGACAGUGACGAUGGCGCAGUUUCAGCUCCCGCAGCUUCCGACGGUGGUGUCAGCAAAAGCACAACAUCUGGGGAGGAACUAGUAGUCCAGGUUCCGGUAGUGGAUGUGCAAAGCAACAACUUCAAGGAGAUGUGGCCAUCCCUCCUGCUAGCCAUAAAGACAGCUAAUUUCGUGGCUGUGGACACGGAGCUGAGUGGGCUUGGGGACAGGAAGAGUUUGCUGAACCAGUGCAUCGAGGAACGUUACAAGGCCGUGUGUCAUGCUGCCAGGACCCGUUCUAUCCUUUCCCUGGGCCUCGCCUGCUUCAAGCGGCAGCCAGACAAGGGUGAACAUUCCUAUCUGGCUCAAGUGUUCAAUCUCACUCUGCUGUGCAUGGAGGAGUAUGUCAUAGAACCAAAGUCUGUGCAGUUCCUGAUACAGCAUGGCUUCAACUUCAACCAGCAGUAUGCCCAAGGCAUCCCCUACCAUAAGGGCAAUGACAAGGGUGAUGAGAGCCAGAGCCAGUCAGUACGGACCCUAUUCCUGGAGCUAAUCCGAGCCCGCCGGCCUCUGGUGCUACACAAUGGCCUUAUAGACUUGGUGUUCCUGUACCAGAACUUCUAUGCACACCUCCCUGAGAGUCUGGGAACCUUCACCGCUGACCUGUGUGAGAUGUUCCCAGCAGGCAUUUAUGACACCAAAUAUGCUGCUGAGUUUCAUGCCCGUUUCGUGGCCUCCUACUUAGAAUAUGCCUUCCGGAAAUGUGAACGGGAAAAUGGGAAGCAGCGGGCAGCUGGCAGCCCACACCUUACCCUGGAGUUCUGCAACUAUCCUUCCAGCAUGAGGGACCAUAUUGAUUACCGCUGCUGCCUGCCCCCAGCAACCCACCGUCCUCAUCCCACCAGCAUCUGUGACAACUUCUCGGCUUAUGGCUGGUGCCCCCUGGGACCACAGUGUCCUCAGUCCCACGAUAUUGACCUUAUCAUUGACACUGAUGAGGCUGCGGCAGAGGACAAGCGGCGACGGCGACGACGUAGGGAAAAACGGAAGAGGGCUUUGUUGAACCUACCGGGGACACAGACCUCUGGGGAAGCUAAGGAUGGUCCUCCCAAGAAGCAGGUCUGUGGGGAUAGCCUCAAGGCUGAAGAAACCGAGCAGGAGGUGGCUGAGGAUGAAACUAGGAACCCGCCUCACUCCAAGCAAGGCAACAAAAAUGACUUAGAGAUGGGGAUUAAGGCAGCAAGGCCUGAAAUAGCUGAUACAGCUACCUCAGAAGUGCCAGGGAGCCAAGCCAGUCCUAACCCAGUGCCUGGGGAUGGAUUGCACCGGGCUGGUUUUGAUGCUUUUAUGACAGGUUAUGUGAUGGCCUAUGUGGAAGUGAGCCAGGGACUGCAGCCCUGCAGCUCUGGACCCUGGCUCCCUGAAUGCCACAAUAAGGUAUAUUUGAGUGGCAAAGCUGUACCCCUCACAGUGGCCAAGAGCCAGUUCUCCCGUUCCUCCAAAGCCCACAAUCAGAAGAUGAAGCUCGCUUGGGGCAGUAGCUGAUGCAACUUCCACCUUGCACUCAGGUGGAACAGAGGUAUUUUGGGUCUCUCUAGCCUGAAAUGUCAUCCUCAAUUAUUACUGAGUUUAGGGGUGGGGGAAUGUCCUGGCAGACAUAUCACUGCAUUGCCCUGGACCACCUCCUUUAUCCCAGUGUCUGAGGUACAAGUAAGAAGGCUGACCAGCACCUGUAACACCGACUUUAUUUUUAAGUCUGAAAAUGUCUUGGGAAAGUUUUACAAAAAAACAACAGAAGCAAGUUAUGAAAAUA